AUGCAGAUGGCUGCACCAUGCGCCAAGCAGCGCCUGGCUGGGCGAGCACCUUCUACCUGGGUGAGGCUCUUUGUCCUCAAGCAUGCCGCAGUCGAAGGCGCCGAGGAGACAUUGCACCUGCUUUCUGUGAUCGGCGGGCCCACGUUCUUCCUGGCACGCGUGGAUGACAGCGGCAGCGGGGCCAAGGUGCAGUCCUCGCCGCUGAGUCGACGCAAGGACAAUGCCUUUGUGGCGCACUGCUGGAUCUCAUCCGGAGCCCACCCAUCGCCACUCCUGGCUGCGUGCACCGCAGCUCAGCUGCAGGUCAUCUCUCCCGAGGGCGAGCUCCUGCACUGCAUCGGCCUCGGUCCCGCCUUUAGGGCCACCUGCAUCGCGGCGCAUGCCGGGGAGGGCCUGGUGGUGGGCUCCUCCGCCACCGGCCCCGCUUUCCUCGCCCUCGAUGACACGGGAGCGCCAACGCAGCUGGAGAGGCAGGAGCAGGGCGCCGUCGCGGCGAUGUGCUGCCUGAGGACUGGCGCCGCCGCACUGUUUGGCAGUGGGAAGGUGGAGGUGUGGCACGUGGCCGGCGGCUCCGUGGAGCGGCGCGCGCGGCUCUGCCCCCCGCGCCACGCCGGCGCUGUGCGCAAGGUGUGCACCUGCCUGAGGCGGCCUAUCGUGGUCAGCGCCGCGGCAGACCAGUGCGUCCGGCUCUGGGACGCCGCAGCCUGCGGCCUGGUGCUGGAGGAGCACUUUGGGGAGGACAUCAUGAGCCUGGCUCUCCACCCGGCGGGACACAUGAUCCUGGUUGGCUUGUCCUCCCGCCUGCGCCUCAUGACUGUUCUGGAAAAGGGAUUCAGGCAAGGGAGGGCUGCCAGGGUCAAGGAUCUGCCGGUGCGCGCCUGCCAGGCGUGUGCCUUCAGCCAUGCGGGGGCGAUGCUUGCAGCAGCCAACGGCCAGCUGGUCAUGAUCUACGACACCUGGACAUGCCAGCUCAUCACCAUUCUCAGGGCGCAUGUGGGCCGUGUGGAGGGACUCACGUGGCAUCGGCACGAUGUCAAGCUCUGGAGUGUGGGGGCCGAUGGCGGCGUGUACGAGUGGUCGGUCUCCGAGGGCACCAGGGUGUGCGAGAGCGUGAUGCGCGGCAUCCCCCUUUCCUCCCUGGUGACGAGGCCGGCUGGCUGGAGGGACGGGAACGACCGCAUGUAG